AUGGGGCUCUCCUCCAUCAAGGAGCAGCGGGACAUAAUCCUAAACACGAUCAAGUCUAUUACUCGAGGCGAUUGGAAAGUGCUGGUCAUCGACGAGAACUCGAAGAAGAUAAUAGACAAUGUGGUCAAGGAAGAUGAUAUUCUCAAUGAGAAUAUUGCCAAUAUCGAGAGAAUCGAGGACAAAAGGGAUAUGAACCCUGAUAUGGACGCCAUAUACCUCUUGUCGCCAUUACCUUAUGUCGUCGAUUGCCUCAUGGCAGACUUCGAGCGCCGAAGAUAUCGCCGGAGUUUUCUCGUUUGGACAUCUGUACUUGAACCACAAUUACGGCAUCGUUUCGACAAGUCGAGGCAGGCACAAGAACAGAUAGCGAACUUCCAGACUUUGACCGUGGACUUCUUCCCGCGCGAGUCGCACCUAAUAACGCUACGAGAUCCAUGGAGUUUUCCUAUGCUGUACCAUCCAGCGUGUAGUCAAAUGGUUAUGCCACAUAUGAAAGUGCUUGCGCAAAAGAUUGUCGGAGUAUGUAUAACGUUAGGAGAAAUACCGAAAGUGCGUUGGUAUAGGCCUCGCGACAAUCCACCGAACGCGAAACACGAAGCAAAGGUGCUAUGUGAUUAUUUGGCUAGGGAGGUCCAAGCAGAGCUUGAUUCUUACCAGAGCUUCAACCCCGACUUUCCACCUCCUGCAAAUCGACCACAAGGUGUACUUGUGAUAACGGAUCGUUCUCUGGACUUAAUGGCUCCUUUGUUGCAUGAAUUUACCUACCAGGCAAUGGCGCAUGACUUAUUACCACUUAAGGAUAAUGAAAAAGUCACGUAUAGAAUCGCUGUCAGCGAUGGAACGGGAAAGGAAGAAGACAAGGACAUGGAAAUCGGCGAGAAGGAUAAGCUUUGGACGGAGAAUCGACAUCGACAUAUGAAAGAUACGAUCGGUAAAAUCGAGGGCGAGUUUAAAAAGUUUAUUGCCGACAAUCCACAUUUCACGGAUGCCGCAGGCGAUUCUACAAGUCUGAGCGCUAUCAAAGAUAUGCUAGCAGGACUACCACAGUUUCAAGAGUUGAAAGAAGCAUAUUCAUUGCAUUUAUCUAUGGCCCAGGAAUGUAUGGAUGUAUUUGCGAAUCAAAAUCUGUUCGACUUGGGACUCGUGGAACAGUCUUUGGCCACGGGGCUGGAUGAGGAUUUCCGGAAGCCAAAGAAUCUUACGGACCAGGUCAUACGUCUACUUGCUGAUCCUAUCCAUCCUGAUGAUAAAUCAAUUGGACCUGCUGAGCGUUUGCGCCUUAUACUGAUGUACGCUCUGUUUCGCGAAGGAAUGAUAGAAGAGGAUUACGAGCGUCUUCUGGUUCACGCUGGUCUUCCAAGCGAGAAGCAGGACACAGUGGUGAUAUCAAAUCUGGACCUGCUCGGUGGGCGUACUUACAAGGAGGACUUGAAACAAACGAAGCCAGCCAGUCAGCCCAUGUUUGCCAGAAAACCAAUACCCCCGCCUUCACAAGACGACGAGGGGAAUGCUUUAUCAAGGUUUGAGCCAAACCUCAAAUUAAUGCUGGAAGAAUUAUCCAAGGGGACGUUGGAUCAGAGUCUCUUUCCUUACACAAGGCCUCCUAUGGACAACUCGGAGGAGCUGGCCAUGCAAGCACAAACAUCACUGCGGAGUGCAAAACCUACUUGGGCUCGAAAUCGCACGUCCACAACGGAAAAUCGACAGAGAGUGGUCGUUUUCAUGGCUGGAGGAGCCACCUAUUCAGAAGCUCGAGCGUGUUACGAAAUUUCUGAAGCACGCAACAAGGAUAUCUUCCUCGUGACCAGCCAUAUGCUCACUCCUUCACUAUUCGUACGACAACUACGAGACCUUGACGCUCCAAGAAAACGCUUAGAUCUUCCAAUUGAUAGACCACAACCCAAAGCCCCUGAUCACCUAUUCAUGCGGAACGACCCUCCACCACCUCGACCUCAGCCUACCAUGACUGCUUCGUCCGGCUCAAGACCAGGCGGGCUCCCAUCUCGAAGCCAAGGUGGCCCAUUACCGCCUCCUCCCAACGGCGCGAAUUACAACAGACCAUCCCCACAACCUCCCACCGCCGGCCUCGCUGCUAUGAGCAUGAACUCAUCGAGUGGCAGGGCUCCUAUCCCGCUUAAUGGCGUCAAUGGCUCUGGGAAGUUGGAGAAGAAGGGCAAGGGUGAGGGCGAGGAGAAGAAGAAGAAGAGGGGUUUCUUUGGGCAUAAGAAGGAUAAAUCUUGA